GCAUAUAAAAAGCGCACGCCGGCGCGCGGCCCUUCUCUUGCCGGGCGUCCUCGUGAGAGGGACAUCGUCUUUAAACCCCACGUGGCAAUCCCUGACGCACCGUCGUGAUGCCCAGGGAAGACAGGGCGACCUGGAAGUCCAACUACUUCCUUAAGAUCAUCCAACUUCUGGAUGAUUACCCAAAAUGCUUCAUCGUGGGCGCAGACAAUGUGGGCUCCAAGCAGAUGCAGCAGAUCCGCAUGUCGCUCCGGGGGAAGGCUGUGGUGCUGAUGGGCAAGAACACCAUGAUGCGCAAGGCCAUCCGGGGGCAUCUGGAAAACAACCCUGCCCUGGAGAAGCUGCUGCCUCACAUCCGGGGAAAUGUGGGCUUUGUGUUCACCAAGGAGGACCUCACUGAGAUCAGGGCUAUGCUGCUGGCCAAUAAGGUGCCGGCUGCUGCCCGUGCUGGUGCCAUUGCGCCCUGUGAGGUCACUGUGCCAGCUCAGAACACUGGUCUGGGGCCCGAGAAGACCUCCUUUUUCCAGGCUUUGGGCAUCACCACUAAAAUCUCCAGGGGCACCAUUGAAAUCCUGAGCGAUGUGCAGCUGAUAAAGACUGGAGACAAAGUGGGAGCCAGCGAAGCCACGCUGCUGAACAUGCUGAACAUCUCGCCCUUCUCGUUUGGGCUGGUCAUCCAGCAGGUGUUUGACAAUGGCAGCAUCUACAACCCUGAAGUGCUGGACAUCACGGAGGAAACCCUGCACUCACGCUUCCUGGAGGGUGUGCGCAACGUUGCCAGUGUGUGUCUGCAGAUUGGCUAUCCGACCGUGGCGUCGGUGCCCCAUUCCAUCAUCAAUGGGUACAAGCGUGUCCUGGCUUUGUCUGUGGAGACUGAGUACACCUUCCCACUUGCUGAAAAGGUCAAGGCCUUCCUGGCUGAUCCAUCUGCAUUUGUGGCUGCUGCCCCUGUGGCCGCGGCCAGCGCUGCUGCCCCUGCUGCUGCCGCCGCAGCCCCAGCCAAGGUGGAGGCCAAGGAAGAGUCGGAAGAGUCGGACGAAGAUAUGGGAUUUGGUCUCUUCGACUGAUCACUGCAAAGCAGCCAGCUUUAUUUGCGAAACAAGGAAAUAAAGGCUUACUUCUCUUAAA